GAUUGUUCGCAGGCAUGUUCCUCGCGUUUGCAGAUGCCAUUCGGAACUUCACUAGGGCCUUAGAGCAGCUCGUUGUCAAGACGGCAGCUCGGCUCAGCAAGCAGAGAACAGUCAAGCUGAACUUGAAAAUCUGCUCCAGCCAAGCAUUUUUCAUGUCCUUCCGAACACCAGCUCGGCUUCAGGAAGGGCAUGUUUCCGUCGUGGAGUUGCCAAACUACAUGUUCUUUGCCACGGCACCAGGCAUCGUCGCAACGAUCCGACGAGCGCUGCUGGAAGCCAGCGUGGUCAUUCUCGACUGGGAGAAAGUUCGUGGGCUCGACACGAAAGCCACGCUGGAAUUCGCCCAGCUCUGUUGCCAGGAAGAUGAAAUGGACAGCCUGCCGAGGGGUAUCCUCACCUUCGCAGCUAUGCCGCCAUCCAUUCGCCAGCAAUUGGUUGCAGCACGUGUGCUGCCACCAAUUUUGUCGGAGGUAGGAAGCUCGCUGGAGUUGGCCGAGCUCCCUGAGACUGCUUCCGGGAGAAAUGGGAGAAGACCUACCGCAACUUCGGAUGGAGGCGCGCCAAGGCGUUCUUCGCAACUAGCAAGAGGAAGGCUUUCUGGCGUCACAGCACUACGUGGAAGCAUCGUGCUGCCAAGUGGCUCCACAGGAGCCUGGCCCCACGAAGCACGAAGCCUUUCAGAAGCACUUGCUGCAGCGCGCGGCAGGUGA